CUCCCUUCCCCCGGGAGAAAGAUUACCUUGCCCUGAUAGAGCCGCUGCAGCCCCUGCUUGCAACUUCAGCAAGCCGGGUGGGGGGUUCAAAAGUUGCAAAGGAAAGAGGGUGUGUACAUAAGACAGGGAGGCAGAGAGAGAGAGAGAGAGAGAGAGCGCGAUAUCUUUGCCAGCCUCCUUCUUUUUCUUCCCAGCGCUCUCGGAUGGGGGGUGGAGGAGGAGGAGGACCUGCCCGCAUGGAGCUCCGAGGACAACCGUGGAGCCCGUUGCUACCUUCACCGACGACGACUAACCCUCGACGCCUCUUCGAAAACCAGCUGCCCUGCUGAAGGAACGAGAAGGGUGGGGAAGAGAGAGGGAGAGAGAGAGAGAGGGCAGGCCCGAGGUGCUCGCUGCAGUUUGGGCUUGCAAAUCUUUGCAACGAGCUGUCGAAAAAACAAAAACACCUCCCUCUCCAAUCCAAGGCGAUCAAUGAGGUCCUAAAAGAGCAGGGGAAAGUGACAGGAGUAGAGAGAAGGAGCGCAAAUCGGCGGCAGCAGCAGCAAGCAGCGAAGAGACAACCUACCCCCAUCCCCACCCUACUAGCCCUUAAACAAGAAGAACCAGCUGGUAGACAGACUAAAACUUCCAGCAGCCAGCAUGGGGCAAACUCUGCUUCUUUGGCUCUGCCCCCUGCUUCUCCUCAGUCUCUGGGGCCAAAGCUCCUUAUCCAAUGAGAUUCUGGGCCUGAAGUUGCCAUUGGAACCUGUGCUUAAUGCCAACACGGUGUGCCUGACCUUGCCUGGUCUGACACGGCGACAACUGGAGGUGUGCGUGCGGAAUCCUGACGUGACGGCUUCUGCCAUUCAAGGCAUCCAGAUCGCCAUCCACGAGUGCCAACACCAGUUCCGCGAUCAGCGCUGGAAUUGCUCGAGCCUGGAGACCAAGAACAAGAUCCCCUAUGAAAGCAUCAUCUUCAGCAGAGGUUUCCGGGAGAGUGCUUUUGCCUAUGCCAUUGCAGCCGCAGGGGUGGUACAUGCUGUCUCCAAUGCAUGCUCCCUGGGCAAGCUGCAGGCAUGUGGCUGUGACCAGAAGCGCCGUGGGGAUGAGGAAGCUUUCCGCCUCAAGCUGCACCGUCUCCAGCUGGAGGCCAUGAACCGAGGCAAGGGGAUGAUGCAUGGAGUGCACUUGGAACACAUGCCAGCUGAGGCCCCAGGCCUGCAAGACUCCUGGGAGUGGGGGGGCUGCAGCCCCGAUGUGGACUAUGGGGAGAAAUUUUCCAAGGACUUCUUAGAUUCCCGGGAGACCUACCGAGACAUCCACUCUCGCAUGAGACUGCACAACAACCGUGUUGGCCGGCAGGUGGUGAUGGAGAACAUGCGGAGGAAAUGCAAGUGCCACGGCACCUCGGGGAGCUGCCAACUGAAGACAUGCUGGCAGGUAACCCCUGAGUUCCGCCUGGUAGGCUCCCUGCUCAAGGAGCGCUUCUAUGGGGCCAUGCUGAUCCGGCCCCACAACAGGAACACAGGGCAGAUGGAGUUGAGCCACGCCCGCCAGAGGCGCCGGGCUGGCAUCAGCGACCUGAUCUACUUUGAGAAGUCACCGGACUUUUGUGAGCGGGAGCCGGCACUGGACUCCAUGGGGACGCAAGGGCGCUUAUGCAACAAGACCAGCCCGGGCAUGGACAACUGCGAGAGCCUGUGCUGCGGGCGGGGACACAACAUCCUGCGGCAGACACGCAGCGAGCGAUGCAACUGCAAGUUCCAUUGGUGCUGCUUCGUGGCCUGCGAGGAGUGCCGGCUCACGGAGUGGGUCAGCGUCUGCAAAUGAAGACCAUGGCCUCUGCUGGACGCUCCAGAGACUCUGCGGUUUCUACUGGGCACAGUGGAGCCCUGCAAAAAGCAAGAGGCACGGCUUGGGCAGCCUGGCACGUUUGUGUUUCACAUCAUCUCCCUGGCACUUCCUCUCCUCCUUUCUGACUUGUGCAUGAGCACUCAAGGGGUUCGGUUGUACAUGGGCGUUAGUCGCGAGCCUGGCACCUCUGAAGCACAAAGAGCUGCACGCCAGUGGGCUUAGCUGGAAUCCCAGACAUUAACUCCAGCUGCUUCUGGCCACUGGCAUCUCCAGCUGUGGUUUGAAGGCCCAGGAGACACCUACAUAGGUUCCUUCUGCAGAACCUCACUCAGUCCUUCCCCCGUGAUGUAUCUUGCUAAUCCCACACUGGGAUCAUUCAGGUGGCCGGCAGCCCUUACAGAACAAAAUACCUGUUUUUUCUUUUUUUAAAUCCUGGGUUGAAAUCAUAGAAUUGUAGAGUUGGAAGGGACCACGAGGGCCAUCUAGUCUAACACCCUGAAAUGCAGGAAUCUUUCACCCAACAUGGGGCUCAAACCCACGACACUGAGAUUAAGAGCCUUGUGCUCUACCGACUGAGCUGUACCAGCUGCCACAUUUCACGUUGGACCAAUUCAAGACCUGUUUUGGUUGCCAUUAGUAUCUUUGUUAUUCAGGAGAGAGAGAAAUUAAAAAUGCUGAGUUUGUUUAAAAUAAAUGUUUCUAGCAAGAGAUUGAAGGGUGGGGGCACAGAGACCUCUGACUCCAGUGUCCCAUACAGGCACUGUAGGCAUGUAGUAUGAUGGUAACUGUGGUUGGUAAAUUAUUUUAUUAUUGUGAGAAUAAAAGUGAAUCAGAGAUGG